AUGUCUGCAGAUGCCAUCCAUGCUACCUUCGUGUUGGCUCCCAGUGGCGUGAUGCGUCCCUUCCGCUGGGCCCUUCUCCUAGUGAUCGGCUGCUUUGCGCAAAACUAUCGGCCUGGACAUGUACCACCGGCACUGAUUUGGGUACCUAUGAACUCUUCGGAAAUUUCAAGCGUUCUGGCGGUGCUUCGAGAAGAUGCGGACAGCUGGUACUUCGUACCUGUCCUGGGAGAAAGUGACAGUGUGAAGUCUUAUCCUGCAGAGAUUAAGAAGGCGAUGUCCACGGUGGGCUCAUACAUCUAUGGGCCCAGCACUAUCUACAGUGGCCACUGCCCCAAAUUUUCCGGACGAAAUUCCGCAGGCUUGCAUCACCAUGCCGAGCUCAAAGCUGAACUAAAUGGAAGGCUGGGCUGGCUUUUCGAGCGCGUGUUUGAAACCUUGCAAAAGGCUGUUGCACCAGAUGAAAUCGACAGUGAGUGGAUCACCUAUCCCUACGUGAAAAUGCACCGGGGCGACACUCUCGACGGCCUGCCGGAUGCGAUCAAAAGCAUGGUCCUGAGCCCUGCGCCGCCUCAUAAGGAUGAGCAAUUUCGAAUGCAUCUGGAGCCGGCAGAGCAUGCUUCUGCCCAGACGCUGACCUUCACCUUACCUCUGGAAGUUCCUGCUGGUGGUGCAAGCCUGCGGGUCUAUGACUGCUACUACAACAAGUCCAUCCAAAAGAGUGUGGAUCCAAAGGGGAACGUGCUGCCGAGGCAAAGCAGCCAGUGGUGCAUGAAGGAGAUGCCUUUCCAAGAUGUGGAGUACAUCCCUGGGCGCAUGCUCUUGUUCUCUGGUGACCAGUUGCAUGCAGUGGGGCCCUACAAGGACCCCACCUCCUCGGACCGGCGAAUCGUGCUACAGGGGCAUGGAAUCUUUCGCGAAGGCGCGCAGCGCGUGAUCUUCUCCCGGCCCUUCGCAGGGUCCCAGGAGGUAGAGCCGGAUCCGUCGAAUGAUGGCCCCCCGUCCGGCUGCACGUUUACAGGCAGGACCGACGUCUCGCAGGCAAAGCCUGGAUCGCGGUAG